CGGCCCCGGAGCGGCGGCGCGGCCGGACCGCGGCUUGUUUCUCGGUGCCGCUGCCGCCUCCCCCAACCCCCGGCCACGAGCAGGACCCGCGGCCCCAGCGCUCGGAGCCGCCGCUCCCCGGGCGGGGCGGGACCGGCGGGGCCGCCCCCGGUGUCGGCGGGCGGGGCCGGCGCUCCUCGCACAAAGCCGUGAGUGCCGGGGAGACCGCACCGGCACCGGCACCGCCCCGAUGUGAGCGGGGCAUGGCCGCGGGGCAUGGCCCGGGGCGGGCGGCGGCGGGCGCGGAGCGCCGGCGGUGAAGAUGGAGCCGCGUCCGCCUGGGACCGAGCCCCCGCUGCCCCGGGGGCCGGGACCGGGACCCGAGCCGGAGCCGGAGGUGGAACCGGAACCGGAGCCGCAGCGGGACCUGGAACCCGAGCCGGACCUGGAUUUGGAACCAGAACCGGAGCUGGCCCUAGAACCGGGGGUGGACCUGGAACCAGAGCCAGAGCUGGACCUAGAACCCAAGCUGGAUCUGGAACCGGAGCCGGAGCUGGACCUAGAACCCAAGCUGGAUCUGGAACCGGAGCCGGAGCUGGACCUAGAACCCAAGCUGGAUCUGGAACCGGAGCCGGAGCUGGAACAGGAGGCGGACCCGGAGCGGGAUCCGGAGCUGGACCCGGACCCAGAGCUGGAGCUGGACCUCUGGGCACUUGAGCCCGCCGCUCCCGGCGCGGGGCCGCCGCCCUGGGGCCCGGGGGACGCGGGGGGCAGCCCGGGCCCGGGGGUCCCCGCCGAGCCCCCGCCGGAGGAGGAGCCGCGCCUCCGCCCGGUCUUCGACGCCCUGGACCGGGACGGCGACGGCUUCGUGCGCGUGGAGGAGUUCGUGCAGUUCGCCACGGCCUACGGCGCCGAGCAGGUCAAGGACCUAACAAAAUACCUGGAUCCCAGUGGCUUGGGAGUCAUCAGCUUCGAAGAUUUCCAUCGGGGGAUCAGAGCCAUCAAAAAUGGAG